CGCGAGGCGACUGUCGCUACAAAGAAGAAGAACGGCUAUGCUGCGCAAAGGUGCCACGACUGUGGGAGCCGCAUGUAAAAAGUACGGCCUGGAUUUUAUAAAAUUCGCGAAAAACAGGAGAAACAUGGCCGAUCUUCAGCAAAUAGCGAACAACAAUGAGCGUGCCCAAUCGCUGAUCAACUCCAUAGAAGCGGAGAUUUCUGGCCUCCAGCAACAACUUGUGGAACGCCAGAAGCAGCAGUUGAUCAAGGAAAACGCCGAACUGGCCAAAGAAGUGGAGGCCGCCUUGGCUCAACUGGUGCAGCUGGAGCUGAGAAAUGGCAAGAAACAGAUUCCAGUGCCAGGAUCCCGGGGAUUCUGCACCAAUACGGCUACAGUAGCUCCGUCGGCGAAAUCUGAAUCGGCUGCCACUGACAAGUCGAAAUCUGAACCAGCUCCCGCUGCCAAGUCUUCUAAGGAGCCUAAGGACAAGAAGGUCAAGGAAAAGAAACCGGCCGCCGAGAAGCCAGCGGCCGCUCCAGAGGCGCCUGUGGACGUGGGCCGUCUGGAUCUGCGUGUGGGCAAAAUUGUAGAAGUGGGUCGCCAUCCCGACGCCGACAGCUUGUAUCUGGAGAAAAUUGACUGCGGCGAGGCGGCCCCUCGCACAGUGGUUUCUGGCCUGGUGAAGUUCGUGCCGCUCGAGGAGAUGCAGAACCGUCUGGUAGUGGUCAUGUGCAACCUAAAACCGGCCAAAAUGCGCGGCGUCACGUCGGAGGCGAUGGUCAUGUGCGCCUCGACACCUGACAAGGUGGAGGUGCUCAGUCCGCCGGCCGGCGCUGUUCCCGGUGAUCUGGUUCACUGCGAGGGCUAUCCUCGCCAGCCAGAUGCUCAGCUCAAUCCGAAGAAGAAGAUCUUCGAGGCCUGCGCCCCGGAUCUGAUGACCAACGGCGAUCUGGUGGCCUGCUACAAGAACGCUCCUCUCCAUGUUCCCGGCAAGGGCAACGUAGUGGCCCAAACCCUCAAAAACGUCAAUGUGAAAUGAGUAAAUAAGCUAAAAAUUACCGCCUGUAAAAGCUGAUGCAAACUUACUUUCUGAAUAAAUCAAAAGUAAUCCGAUAA